GUGAUGAUUGGGUGUGAUCGUUUGACUGUGUUUCGUUUGACUGUGAUUCGUCAUCUUUGAUCUUUGACCGUUUUCUUGAUGGCUGCUUCUGUGCCUUCGCGUACCUGUUACACGUGUGGGUCUCCUCAUCAUUAUAUGCGUGAGUGCCCACACCGUGGUUUUGCUCCUCGACCUCCGGCGACGGGUGCUAAUGCUAUACCUACGGGUCCAUCCACCGCGGUGCCACCGGUUUUAGCUCUGCCUCCACCAAGUUAUGCGAAUCCGGUUCCAGCUCCGGCUCCAGUAUAUCCAAGCACAUCAAAUUAUGCAUCAAACUAUCAAGGUCAGCCGCGGGGCGGGUUCUGGAAGACCAAUCAGGAGAGGUUGGACAAAUGUUAUGCUAAAGUCAUCGCCGACGAGGAACAGGCGGCUAAGAAGAAAGAAGAAGACGAGCGUAAGAUGAAACUCAAGGAAGAGGAAGAUCGGAAGAAAGAAUGGAAGGAGGAGCGGGAGAAGCUCGAAGCUGAGAUGGCCGCUCGAAUCGACAAACGAAUGGAGUUGGUCUGUGGUACUAAGAAUCGAACGGACGGUGCUGGUUGUGAGAAGGUGAAUGAGGAACUGUUGCAGCUUCGUAAGGAAAACGAAAGCUUGCGUAAGCGUUUGACUGGUGAAGGUACAUCAUGCAGCGAGGAUAGGAUUAGCAGUUUGCAACGGGAGAUGGCAGAUUUGAAACGACAGAUGGUUGAAAAACGAUGUGGUGAUGAUGAGGUGUUCGCUUUGAAGAAAGAGAUUGAGGAGUUGCGUGGUACGGCGUUAGUGAAGAUCAAUUUUGAGCAGGAGAUUGCCGGCUGAGAACUGAGGUCAAUAUGAUGAGGGGACAAAGUAUGAAAGCGGUCAAUGAAGCAGCAAGGUGGAGGAAUGAAGCACUGAGACCCGG